AUGUUUGGCCUGGGUCCAAGUCCAUUCAUUCUUGGAGGGACAUUGAACGUUCAUCUAGAGAAGUGCUCACAAAAUCAUCCGAUUUGUGUUCGAGAGCUUAAAGAUGGUGCAUACGUGGACGAUAUAAACAUUGCAAGCGACACAGUGGAAGAAACGAGAGAAAUCAAAGAAGAUGCUGUGAAAAUCUUGGGAGAAGGUGGGUUCAUGUUACAUAAAUGGCAUUCGAACGCCGCAAAAUUAGAAAGUCAUGUAAAGGAAGAUGGAGAAACUACCUAUGCGAAGGAAAGUCUAGGGACAACACCAUCAGAGACUAAACUUCUUGGAUUAGGCUGGAACAAAUCAGAAGACACUUUGUCAGUGACAUUUCCACCAAACGAAAAUGAAGUUACGAAAAGAAUCGUUCUGAGAACUAUGGCAAAAAUCUAUGAUCCGCUGGGAUUAGCAGCUCCUAUUCUACUCACGGCCAAAGUGAUCUUUCGAGAUAUCUGUGAUUCUAAGCUGGGAUGGGAUGCAGAUCUACCUGAAGAGCUAAAGGGGCGAUGGGAGAAAUGGUUGAAGAAUUUACCUGUACAGUUGAAAAUGCCAAGAGCAAUACCUAGAGAAAUCGGUGUGAUUGUCGAAUUGAUUCUUAAUGGAUUCGCAGAUGCGAGCAUUCUUGGUUGUUGCGCUGUGAUCUACGCUGUUAUCAAGCAAGCUGGAGUGAUUAGUCAAGGGUUCCUGAUUUCGAAAACAAGAUUGGCCAAACGGGACUUGACUAUUCCGCGCCUGGAGUUAGUGAGUUUCCACAUGCUAAGUAACCUCCUACACAACACAUUCAAAGUUCUUAGUCAUAUACGCAUUGCUAGUCAGGGAAGAUAUAAACAAUUUGUGGCCCAUCGAGUAGAGAAAAUAAAUGAGAAGGAAGAAAUCGUUUGGAAAUAUGUACCUAGUAAAGAGAAUCCUGCGGAUAUCGGUAGUCGGGGAUCAAGUGACUUGGAAACUAAUGAAAUGUGA